ACGCUAACGGGGUGUGCACGUACACCUUUUUCUUUUCUUCACCAUUUUGAAACGCGUCUUUUCAACAGCUUUAUCACUAUAAGCAAAAACAUCAGUAUAGGUACAACCAUGGCUAUUGAAAACACUGUUGUGGUUCCAGCAUACCACGAGAAGCUCAACAUCAGACCUCUCACCACUAGACUCUUUGCUGCUUUGGGCAAUGGCGAUUCCAAGAAGACCGAGUUGAUCUUUGUCGAUGAUAACUCCAACGACGGUUCUGUUGAAGAGGUUGAGAAGCUCAAGACCGAAGGUUACAAUGUUAGAAUCAUUGUCAGAACCAAGGAAAGAGGUCUCAGUUCGGCAGUUAUGAGAGGCUUUGAAGAAGGUCAAGGUGAAUACUUGCUCUGUAUGGAUGCUGAUUUACAGCAUCCACCAGAGAGUGUUCCAGAUUUCUUCAAGGCUCUCAGAGAGUACCCAUUUGUUAUCGGCACAAGAUAUGCCGAUGGUGUUGGUAUCGAUAAAGACUGGCCAUUGUAUCGUCGUGUAAUCUCAUCGGGUGCGAGACUGCUUGCAAGACCUUUGACACCUGCAUCAGACCCAAUGAGUGGGUUCUUUGGUUUGCAGAAAAAAUACUUGAAGGGAGCAAACAACAUCGACACCCAAGGCUUCAAAAUCGCCUUGGAGCUGCUGGCCAAGUUGCCAUUACCAAGUAAAAACCCAAUUGGUGAGGUGCCAUACUCAUUCGGUGUUAGAACCGAAGGUGAGUCGAAACUUUCCAGCAAAGUCAUGAUCCAAUACCUUGAGCAAUUGAAGGAAUUGUACCUCUUCAAAUACGGUGCCGGCCCAUUGCUUGCAGUUUUAGUCCUCUUGGUUGUCGUUGCGUUCUACAUUCUUAGCUUGGUGUUUUAAUACAUUGUGAUCCGUUAGGCUGUCAACUUAUGUGCAUAGUAACGUGGUGAUGUUCGGUACGGACCCUCCAUACAUGCCACCCGUGCAUUAGCCCCCUCCCCCCGACAAGGGCUGCGCAGCGGGAAAAGCAAC